CUAGUUUAAGAUUGUUGUUAGGAUGCAUGCAUGCACAGACUUUAAAAUCCACUCAAUUUGUUUCCAUCGUGAACUCAUGAUGUGUGUUAAGUGUAAAAGAUGUUACAGUGAUGAUGCGUUGACAAAGGUUGUACAUAAUAUUUCUUUACAGCUUGUAUUUUAUUUCGGUAAGCUGAAACAUAAUAAAUUUAUAUUAUGUCAUGAAAACAUGUUUUUAUACAGGUGUAAGUAACCUCUUCUAACUGGCAGGACCUGGUGAGUUGUUGUCUUAUUUUUAAUUAAUUCAACUGCUGAUAACAUGUUAAUGUGGUUUGUUUUUAUGCCAGGUAAUUAAUGUGGAUUAAAUAAAGAUAAUCGGCAUCGGGAGAAGACUUAGCACAUCAAUAGGACUUCGUUUCAAGCUGGGGUCCUGGAUUCUGAGUUUCCAGAGCUGACUUCUGCAGAAUUAGUCGUCUUCAUCACAUCAACCUCAUUAUAGUAAGAAACCGAUGUUCCUUGCGAAAUGUCUAGUCGGAGUGAUCACUGCCUGGAUAUGUCAGGCGAGCCAGCUCGACAGCGGCGCCGACAAGAACUCCAUUAUAAGCGAAACAGAAAAUACCACUGAAAUAUUAGAAGCAAUAAAUGGUACUAUGAACUUCAAACUUAUCAAACCCAACAGAGCUACUCCAUGGUUUCCGGAACGAGAGAUGAAACUGGACAGUUGCGUGAGGAAAGCAAAAUGCGAACCUUUGGUGAAAUCAACCUGUUUAGGAGCCAAGUUACCUUAUGACAAGACCAGUGUACUACUUACAUUUUACGAAAGACAAAGCCAAAUUCAAACGCAACUUGAACUUUACAGGGAACUGAUAAAUGUGCCAAAAUGUUGGGCUGUGAUACAGCCGUUGCUUUGUGCUACAUUCAUGCCGAAGUGUGAACAUAUACUGGGACAAGACAUGGUGUAUCUCCCGUCUUACGAGAUGUGCAAGAUUACUAUGGAGCCAUGCGCCAUUGUGUACAAUACGACAUAUUUUCCGUCCUUCUUGAAAUGUAACUCCACAUACUUCCCGCCGAAAUGCGAAACACCUUUGAGAGAAAUGAAAUUUAAUACGAGCGGAAAAUGUAUUGAGCCACUUAUACACACUGAUAAAGUUCAGCAUUUUUAUGAAGGUAUAUCGGGUUGCGGGCUUCCUUGUCGUGACCCUCUGUAUACAGAAGAUGAACAUCAGCAAAUUCAUCGGCUAGUUGCGUGGGGCGCGGGGGUCUGUCUCGUGCUCAAUCUGCUAACCGUAGCCACCUUCUUGAUAGACUGGCGCAGCGCUAAUAAAUACCCGGCCCUGGUCAUAUUUUACAUCAACGUUUGUUUUGCUGUCGCUUCCAUGGGGUGGCUGGUACAGUUUGGAGUGGGAUCCAGAGAUGACAUCAUUUGUUCCAAAGACGGAACCAGACGGAGAGGAGAGCCAUCUGCAGAAGAAAACCUUUCGUGUGUCGUUGUAUUCGUAUUGGUUUAUUACUUCAUGAUGGCAGCAUGCGUAUGGUUCGUGAUAUUCACUUACGCUUGGCAUAUGAGUUUUCGCGCUUUAGGGAAAAUUCAAGACCGCAUUGACAAAAAAGCGGCCUACUUUCACCUAGUAGCGUGGUCUUUACCACUGGUACUCACAAUCGCCACGAUGGCCUUCGGAGAGGUGGACGGUAGUAGCGUCACCGGCAUCUGCUUCGUGGGUUACGUCAACCACGGCAUGCGCGCUGCGUUGCUACUAGCGCCGCUCUUCAUCGUGCUGGUGCUGGGCGGAUACUUCUUGUUGCGAGGCGUAUUUUCUCUCAUAGCAGUACGGGUUUCUAGCAAAGACGUGAUAUCCCCACGACACUCAACAAAAAUACGUCAGACAAUAACUCGGUGUUCGCUCACCGCGGCGCUAGUGUCAGUGUUCAUCUGCGGAACCUUCGCAUGCCACAUCUACGAGUUUAGGAAUGCUGAUCUAUGGAAAGAUGACUUCAAACAGAAUAUCAUCUGUCGCCUAGAAGCGUUGAAGGAGCCCAGCAAGGAGUGUCCCAGCGGCGUGCGGCCAUCAGUGUCCGUGCUGCAAGUGCGGCUGUUCUGCUGCUUCGCGGCCGGCGCGCUCAUGGCCUCCUGGACCUGGACCCCGGCCGCGGCCCAUGCCUGGAGGAGAUACCUCGCCAGGAAGUGCGGGUGCUCGGUGGAGACGGAGGCGCCGCGGCGCGCGCGCAAGCACGAGCUGAUCGCGCGCGCGUACCGCCGUCGCGGGGAGUUCGCCGCGCGCGGCCGCCUCUCCAUCUCUCUCGGGGGCUCGCGCCAGGACCCCGUCGCCUUCUGUCUCGACCACACCGAGCCCGCCGACUACCCGGACGACCCCAAACACGAGAGUGCCGAGCUGUCGUCGUCGUGGGCGGCCAACCUGCCGCGCUUCGUGCGACGGCGCGACGCGCUCGUGCUGCCCGCGCACGCGCACCACUCGCUCAGCUCCACCCCCGACCGCCGCAACUCGCAGGACUCGCAGAUCAGCAUCAGUCUCCGCCACGUCUCCGUCGAGUCCAGGCGCAACUCCGUCGACAGCCAACUCUCCGUCAAAAUAGCCGAGAUGAAAACUAAAGUCGGAAGACGACGCACCAAGCACAGCAAAGCCAAAAGGAAGGCCCGAGUGGCGAACGUCCGCAAGGAAAGCACGCCAUCUAUCGAGAGCCAAAUCAGUCGCUACUGGCUGCAGUCGGUCGCGGCCAACAAUGAUCCGUCCAGGGAAGAAGUGAAAUUCAGUUUCGAUUAGAAUUUUACACGUUUUUUAUCAGUCAUGUUUUCGAGCGCUUAAUCUUAUGACGAAUCGAUAGCUUCGGUUACAAGUAAACAUAUCGUAUGAUUGUUAUUUAUGCAUGCGUGGAGUACAUCGCUCAGAACGGAUGUACCGUUUUGUUAGAUAUUUAUUACAAUUUAGUACGUAAGUGUGAAAGUUCAAAUUAGUGUUCCCAAAGGAUAUUAAUUCGCGUGAUUUUUUUAUCCAGUCAUUGCGUAGUUUUAUUUCUAAGUUGAAAAGUAUGAAUAUGAUUAAUAAAAGACUGAUCGGAAUCUCUCGAUAAAUAUAUAAUUACUGAGUGUAUUUUUUACGACAUCAAAUUUUCCAUGACAAUCUCAAAUAUUUUUGUGAUAUUAUUACCUCUAACCUCAUGUUUGAACAUAAUUAAUUGUGCCAUAAGUAUUUUUGUGCAAAAAGACAAUGAUAGAUCAGAGUCGACUGAUAUUGUAGUAUGUAAGUUAUAAUUAAUAUUCUCAUUAUACCUGUAAUGCAACGCUAUUUUGAAUUAUUUUUAUAUAAUGCACAUUGUUAUUGCAAGUGAAAAUGUAAAAAAUGCAUUUUGUAGGUAGUUGUUAAGUAUUGAAUUGGAUCGUACAAGACACGGUUGUGAGAUCAUUAUAUCUUUGUUGAGUAAUGUGAGGCUUAUCUAUUACUAUUGUGCAGUAUCAAGGUGGCAAUAAAUGACCUUAUGCGAUUUCUACUCUAUCUUUGAAAAAUUAUUCAAGGCGGCUAUCAUGUUGUAUUUUAUGAUUAUAUAGCAAGUUUUUAGCUUUAAUUAUGAUUUAUACAUAAGUUUUUACCAGUAUAUUGCGGCAUUUUAUACAGAAAAUAAACUUUGGAUAUCGAAAA